UCGUCAUAUCCUAGUCAAACAAUGUAGAAGUCACUAGAAUAGCUUAGUAGUUUCAAUGGUGUCAAUGUACAAUAAUAACAACGUUGAUCUUAAACAAGAGAGUUGUCGUAGUCUACACAAAUGUUUCCAUUGAGAAUAACGAAAUGUGUAUUAUUAGCUAAAAACAUGAGAGAAUGUCCAUACAACCAGAUCUUAUAAACUAACCCGAGACUAUCAAUAACAAUGAAAGGUUGGCAAAUCCUCACUUGUGGAGUCAACUUGCUGAAUCAGAGUGCGAUUCUACUCCCCAAACGGAGUGGUCAGUUUUGUGUGAUGAUUACAAUGUAAGACUCAACCAUCCACAAGAAAAGCAGCUUCCACUAAGCUCAAAGAUGGUGCUAAGAUAGUUUAGAAGUGUCUUCAUUCCAAACCAUUCUAGCAAAUCACUAAUCACUAUAGUGAUCACUCAUUUUACUGCAUAAGCUUGACCCUGCUUCCUCGUUUCUUUGAUCAUAAAUCAUAAUGCCCCACUAACUGUGUCUAUGUGUAGCCAAUGAUAGUGACAUUGCUUGUUUCAAAAUCCCAGUGGUUCCAUCAAUGUUCAAACACAGUAUUAACUCAAUUUUUAUGGCUAGCAAUGAGAUAGUAUAUAUAGUGGCCAAAUAUGUUGCACUCUAAAUAGCCAAGUGAACUAAUACUAUGUUUGAUCGUUCAAACUUAGCUACUUAGAAGCUUAACCUAUAAACAUGAUAUUCUUUCUGUUCAGAACUCAAGUUUUCUUAAUAUUAGUAAUAUGUUUGUUAUUUCUCCCAAUUUAUGGCAGGCUUUCAAUGUCCCUCAUCUCAUUCUCUCCUUCUCCAUCACCUGAGGGAACUGGUGAAAUUGUCGAAAGAUCUCUUGUUUUCGAUGUAAGAUCUUUUGGUGCAGUUGGGGAUGGUGUCUCUGAUGAUACACAAGCAUUUCAGUUGGCUUGGGACACAGCAUGUCGAGCCGAAGAAUCGCGAAGUCUCCUUGUUCCCAAGGGUAAUGUCUUCAUGAUACAAUCUACUAUAUUCACAGGGCCUUGUCUAUCUGGCCUUACUUUUAAGGUUGAAGGUACUAUUAUGCCACCCGAUGGACCUGAUUCAUGGCCGAAGAAUAAAAGCAAGAAACAAUGGCUGGUUUUCUAUAGAAUCAAUGGAUUGACAAUGAAGGGAGGUGGUCUUAUUGAUGGUAGGGGAGAGAAAUGGUGGAACCUCCCUUGCAAGCCUCACAAAGGUAUUAAUGGAACAACACUACCAGGUCCAUGUGAUAGUCCUGUGGCCAUCAGGUUCUUUAUGAGUUCUAAUUUGAGAAUAGAAGGACUAAAAAUUAAGAACAGUCCAAAAUUCCAUUUCAGAUUUGAAGAUUGCCAAAAUGUACAUAUUGAAAAGCUUAUCAUAAGAUCACCUGCUCUGAGCCCCAACACUGAUGGGAUUCACAUUGAGAACACAAACAAUGUUAGGAUUUACAAUUCACUCAUUUCCAAUGGUGAUGACUGUGUGUCCAUUGGAGCCGGUUGUUACAAUGUGGACAUCAAGAAUAUCAAGUGUGGUCCAAGUCAUGGAAUUAGCAUUGGGAGCCUAGGGAACUACAACUCGCGAGCUUGUGUGUGGAACAUCACAGUGAGUGAGUCAGUUAUUAAGAACUCUGAUAAUGGUGUUCGGAUCAAAACAUGGCAAGGUGGAAGAGGUUCAGUGUCAAUGGUAACCUUCGAGAGCAUUCACAUGGACAAUGUCCGCAACCCAAUCAUCAUAGACCAAUACUAUUGCCCCUUAAAGAACUGCAUCAACCAAACUUCUGCGGUUUCAGUGUCCAAUGUGUCAUACUCAAACAUAAGAGGCACUUACGAUUUCAGAAGCUUCCCUAUGCGCUUUGCAUGCAGUGAUUCUGUUCCAUGCACAGAUAUUAUGCUUUCUCAAGUGGAAUUGUUUCCUUCACAAGAAGGCCAUAUUUUGACCAACCCCUUUUGCUGGAAUGUUUAUGGCACUGUGAGCACACUGACAACACCACCACUUUUAUGCCUUCAAGAGGGACCUCCAUUAAUGCUGCCUCAACAUGAUGUUGUGCCGUGUUAUUAGACUUAUACUUUAAUUAAUCUUGAGACCAAAAAGUUGAAUACUUGAAUGUUCCAAUUACCCACUUUCAUUCCAGGAUGUAAAGGAUUCCCUUAUCCAAAACGUUUUGAACUAUUAAAUGAUCUCCAUAACAAACAUAUUUUUUAAAGUUUUUU